AUGGUAGAAAGAGCUCGAUCUUCCAUCUCAUCAGCAGCUUCAACGGCCCUGGCCUUGCCACGGCUUGGUGAUGAUGAUGCUAACAAGACGAGUAAGACUCUCACUACUGAGGAUUUCCUCACCAACUUGGACACCUCCUGCGCUCAGUUGCACAGCCAACCGGAUGCUAUGAUGGCCCUAUUGGCGAUACUCAAGGAGGAGGGCACCUCAGCACAGCGGAAACUGGUCUUGAAGAACAGUGAAGCUUUGAAUGUACUGUUAGCCGUUGGCUUUGACAUGGCAACCAUGAAAGUGCACCCUGGCAGUGAAGUACGUGCGGAAGUGGCUCGUGAUAUGCUCAACGUCCAACUCGAACACGUUGCGGCUGAGAGUAAUCCUGCUCAGAUUGAGACACUACUGGCUAUUGGCGAUGAAGCACCGGCGAUGUCCGCUGAACCUGAUGGAGCGCCAGAGGAUACUAAGGUCUCAUCAGAGGACACUCCGUCUGGUGAUGUGCAGUGGCCGGACACAGGAGCAUCCCUACAAGCACAGACCCCUGAUGGUCAGACUGUGCGGACGUCGGUACCCGAGGGGGUCCAUCCUGGUGAUGCCUUCAUAGUGAGGUACACCCUUAGGCCGGUAGGUCUUAUGGGCUCGCAAGAUGAGGAGAAGAACGAUGAAGCUCUGGCAAAGGCGCUACAGCAAUCGUUCGACGAGGCUGAGGUUGGUUCUACAGAAGAGUUAUCGAAGGCCCCACCCACCUCCACGCGGUACCUCAGCACUGUUGAUAUUGAAAGCAUGGGAGUGUACUUCGAAUGCCAGGGGAAUGGCACGGCUACUUGUGCAAUACAUGCCAUCAACAACCUGGCUCAGAAGAAUGCCGUCUCGCUCACGCAUCUCCAAGCGGCCGAGUCGCGAGUGGCUCUACUCCAGCGGGGCGGCAGCUUUCUGGCGCCGUCGGGCAUUUCCGUGCCUUCAGCCAAGGGUGGUGACGGUGCUCGUACCGGCUGGUUCGACAUUGAAGCGCUGAAGUUGGCAUCAGAAAAGCACGCGGGGCACAUGGUUAUCGAGACAGAACCGAUACCGGACUUUGCUCGCUCCGCUGGUCAGAAGUUCGUCACGGCAGCCAACGAGGAGAGCGAUGGUAGUUGGUUUCGAGGCUUCCUGGUGUACGAGUGUAUCCCUGGCCGGGCGAUGCACUACUGGUCUCUCCUACGUCUACCAGCCGGCGGGGGUUGGCUCAAACUGGACUCGCUCCAUCGCGACUCUGACAAGAGCCUUGGGCAUCGAUGUGAGUUCAUUGCGACUGAUGAGGAACUAGCUGAGCUGUAUAAUAGCAACAAGGACUACUUCAAGAGCUGGCUCAUGCGAUGGUACCCAGUGGUGGAUAAGGUGAAGGCCCGAGAGGGCCUGAAGGGCUUAUUGACGGAGGGUGAUGUCUCUGAAGAGGACUUCCCGAGGGAGGCUACUCUGGAUGCUGUUCUUCGUGAUAAUCAUUGGAUACCAUCGGCGGCCGCUCACACCCUUCUGGUGGACUCCGUCGAACAGGUCGCUCAUAUGUCCCAAGCACUGUGUUUGGUGGUAACGUCUUCAGUGGCAGUCAAAGUACUCAGAACCACUGGUUGGGAUUGGGACCGAGCUGUCGCUCAGCUGAAUGGUGUAUUGGAAGAGCGGCGGCCAGAUGGUACGAUGGACCAGGCUGAGCUCAAACAGCUGGCGCAGAGGUGCCUGGCCACAUCCAAGUGGGAUGUUCAUACAGCCUCGAUAGUCAUGCACAUUGUGAACAGCUACGCUUGCGCCGCCGCUGGUGCUGCUGCUGACGAUGACCUCCAACUCAUCGUUGGUUGUGUGAAUUCAUGUGAAAGAGACCUCGAAAAGUCGCAGUUGGCGUAUAAGCUGCUACGAGUUUGUAGCGGCCUGCAAGAAAGUUGUGCUGAUCCGCCUGGUGAUGCUGCCGCAGUGUUGAGUACUGUGGAUUGGGAUGUAGACAAGGCUUGUGUUGUGAUACAAGUUCAUAAGAAUCUCAAUGGAGACCCUCCAUAUGCCGUUUGCGCGGAGGCUAGCAGACGAGAGGAUUUCGGUGCCAUACCGGCCACAGAGCUCCUGAAGGAGUUUCGACGUCGGCUGCAGACAGUAGCCUCACAGUCAGCGGAGGAGGCCCUAAAGCAAGCCAAGGGUGGUUUCAUGGACCAGCUGUUGGGAGGCGGCCCUCAAGGGGAGGUCCGGGACUUAACAGAUGAGGAGUGUGCUGCUAUCGCUGACUGGGCGUUACGACAGGGUCAAUGGCAACCACAUGAGUCCUUCCAGUUGGCUGAGAGAAUGGCCAAUAGAGUGGUGAAAGUCAGAUGUGAGCUGAGUGAUAUCAUGGAGCCUGCUGCUGAUGUGGUCAUCAACUCACUUGAUCAUCACCAGAUGGAUGUGGCUGAUGUCUGUGCUGACUUGAGGAAACAGCGUCGGAAACUGUACAGUUCUUCGUUCAAAUCGACUUCCUCCCCCACGGAAGUCCAGCCAGCCGAGGGUUCCUCUUCUAUGGUGACGCGAGAAGGAGAGAAUAUCCCUAAAGAUUCCCAGGAGGCCGAUUUUAAUAGUGAUUGUUCGUUAAUGUAG